AUUUUGAAAAAUGUUUAAUAAAAGUCUUAGGAUCUAGAUGUUGGAGAGUCCGCACACAUUAUGAAUUGUCGGGGAGUAUUAAUUUCUAGGAAGUUUCUUAUUUUUUUAAUUAGAAGUGAUUGAAUUGGAAUGGUGGAUGGAUGAGUUACAUGGUUGACUGGCCUUGCGUAGCUCUCUGGUUUACUUUUUGCUCGUGAGGUCACGGAUGUGAUUCAUACAUCAGUUUGCAUUUUUUUUUUUUUUUUUUCCUGAAAAAAUAAUAAAUUUUAUUUUUGUUUAAUCAAAUUUCUCUGUAGACAGUUUCUGUGCAAGUUUAUCUGUCAGAAUCAAAACCCAAUUUCGAAUUCUUCUUCUAUUGGAGGUUCUUGAAGUGUUCCAGUAGAGUUAUUGAAAAUUUACACAACGGAUUUCAGUGGUCGGAGUUCGUGGACUCGGUCGUCGCUAGCCGCCUGAUUUCGUCUCUCUUAGUCAGUUUUAUAUUGUUGAAUAUUUCCGAAUUCUGCUGGUUCUUUAAUUCCCUUGGUGUGUUUCAAAGAGAUUGAUUUUACUGUGUAUCGAAGGAGUCGAGUGAGUUUUAUUGGUGAUGGGAGCUAAAAGUUCGAAGGGGUCGGGCCGGAGAGAAGUUGGCUCGUAUGACUCUGGUGGUGCUUCAACAUGGAACCAGUAUGGAUAUCCGCAGCCGUCGUAUCCUCAGCAUCCGUAUUACACGCCUCAGCAUCAACAUGCGCCACCGCCCUCGUCUUCUUCUUUUAAUUAUGGGUCGCAAGCAUCUUUUAAUUAUGGGUCGGAGCCACCUCCGCCACAAAGAAAAUUGGAUAGGAAGUACUCGAGGAUUGCUGAUAACUACCGGUCCUUGGAUCAGGUUACUGCUGCUCUCGCACAUGCUGGCCUAGAGUCUUCUAAUCUAAUUGUUGGUAUUGAUUUCACAAAGAGCAACGAGUGGACAGGUGCUAGGUCAUUCAACCGACGAAGCUUACAUCACAUUGGAAAUGGUCAAAAUCCCUAUGAACAAGCAAUAUCAAUUAUUGGAAAGACUUUAUCUGCUUUCGAUGAGGAUAACUUAAUUCCCUGUUUUGGAUUUGGAGAUGCAUCAACACAUGAUCAAGAUGUUUUCAGUUUCUAUUCAGAAGGGAGAUAUUGUAAUGGAUUUGAGGAAGUACUGACACGAUACAGAGAAAUUGUCCCUAAGCUUCGACUUGCAGGACCCACAUCUUUUGCACCUAUGAUUGAGAUGGCCAUUACUAUUGUCGAGCAAAGUGGUGGCCAGUACCAUGUUUUGGUGAUAAUUGCUGAUGGGCAGGUGACAAGAAGCGUUGAUACUCAGCAUGGCCAACUCAGCCCUCAAGAACAAAAGACGAUUGAUGCAAUUGUUAGAGCAAGUGAGUGUCCUUUGUCAAUAAUUUUGGUGGGAGUCGGAGAUGGGCCUUGGGACAUGAUGAGGGAAUUUGAUGAUAACAUCCCUGCUCGAGCCUUCGAUAAUUUUCAGUUCGUCAAUUUCACAGAAAUCAUGUCAAAGAAUGUGGAUCUAUCUAGAAAAGAGACUGAAUUUGCGCUUGCAGCCUUAAUGGAGAUACCUUCUCAAUAUAAAGCUACUAUUGAGCUCGGUGUAUUAGGUAGACAGAGGGGAAAUGCUCCAGACAGGGUUUCGCUUCCCCCACCUCUUUAUGGUGCGGUUUCUAGCAGCAUGAAACGUCAGCGUCCAAGCAGUUUUCAGCAGCCCUCACCUCCUCACGGUGGAUAUGAUCCUCCUUAUAGUGGAUAUGAUGCAGCAGCCAGCACAGCUUAUGGUGGAUAUGAUCCUCCUUAUUCUGGAUAUGAUGCAGCAGCCAGCACAUCUCCAUCAUCAAGUUCUCUUUAUGACAAUCAGGUUUGCCCCAUUUGUCUUACUAAUCCAAAGAACAUGGCCUUUGGUUGUGGGCAUCAGACUUGUUGCGACUGUGGAGAAGACCUCGAAGUGUGCCCCAUUUGCCGACGUGCAAUUGAGACUAGAAUAAGGCUCUAUUGAUCGGCUUUGCUGCGCAUCUUUUAGAUUAUUACUUCUUUCAUGUGCUUAGUCCCCGUGGUAGCUGCACAAAUCUCAUGAUUUAGAGGCAACGAUUGUGCUCUAGAGGCAAUAGAAGGUUAGCUUAGCUAUUGAAGAGUGUCUCUACCACGUUUUUUUUUUUUUUUUUUCAUUUUGAAAAAUUCAAGUGGUUUUAGAUGAGCAAUAUCAGAGACUGGGAAGUUUUGGGAUGUGCAGGGCUCCUCCAUAUCUUGGUGAUAUUUUGGUGGAUGCAUUCCCUGGGGGGCUAAGACACAAGGUUGAUGCAAAAGUAUUACAUAACUACUAGUGUGGUAGAGGUCAAGACAAGUGGGGUUGUUAUCUUGAUGAGAAAAGAGAUUUAUUCUUUGAAGGUUAUACAAAACACUGGACAUUGGAAUCUCCCUUCCCAUGGGCUAAGAGACAAGGCUGCUUAAUUUAGGACUGCUACAGAUCAGGAUUUGUUUUGUCGGUUCAGAGAGCUUUCGAGAGACUCUGGUCCAUCCUCAUUUUUUUUAUUCAUGUUUUUUUAAUUUAAUUUUUUUAAUUUUUUUUUUAAUUUUAUAUAUAUAUCUUUUUUAGUUUGUACUUAUGCUAGUGAGGAAAGCAGAAGUAAAAAUCCAAUGGGAUUGUAAGAGAAAGAAUGUGUUUCUAUGGAUAUCGCUACUGAAAAUCUAUGGCUUUUAAAGAUUGAUAAUUCCAUGUGUUCUAAACUA